AUGCGUGGCCGAGUGUCGCGCCCUCUCUCAGUCCGAAGUGGAGCGAAUGCUGGCCGCGGGGGAAAUUAUAGGACUAUCUACAAGCCUUGGAUAUCAAACGUAAAUCAGAAUCUGUUUUGUACACUUGCAAGGCGACGUCGCGAUCAGCUCUUCGACGUUGUAUCGGUGGCGGCCUUGCAACAACAGAUCGAUCAGGGGAACGCACUGUCUUUAUCGACGUUUCCCCGUCGGCGAUCAAUCGUUUCCACGCGUUGCGCAUCACCCGAUCGUCAUUCAGAUAAAAUUCAAGAACUCGAAACAAAUCAAAGAGCUAUGCGACGAGAACGGGAGAAGAUUCAGUCGAAAGCGGCGAAGGAAUGGUUGGAGAGAGGGGCAAAA